CCGCGGUCUGAUCCGGUUCGGUCCGGUUCGGUCCGGUCCGAGUGGACUACUGCCCCCGGUUUUACUCUCCUGCUGUUUUAAGCUUCUGCCCUUAUUCCGGGAUCAGAGACCGUUUUCUUGUGCUCGGCCUCAGUGGUAAAUACAGUCAACAGAUGGAUCGUUUUCAUGUGUAAUCAGAUCUGCAAGCACCGCGCGGGAAAUUACCUGAAUGGAGCGUGAAACCUCGCCGUCCGAAUUCCUCCCCGCCGUCUGAACUGGAGUACACCCCCCCCGCGCCCCCCACACACACAGUGUAGCUGCGAAACACAGCCCAGCGAAAGAGCACUGAAACCCCCCGCGGUGUUUUUUUACGUCGGCAUGCCGUCUCUGUGGGAGGCCUCCUCCUCCUCCUCCUCUUCCUCGUUUCGGAGAUGCCAGUGAACCCGCUGUCUCGCUGCAGACACUGAACCAUGGGGAACGUGGAGAGCCAGAAUGGGGACCACGCGUUUUACGCCGACGGCCAGGGCCACCUGUCCCGCAAGCACACGUCCCGCUCGCUCCGGGCCCCCCGGAAGCAGUCCCGCCGCGCGCGGCACGCCUCCUCCGGCAAGCCGGAGCACCGAAACUCGGAGACCAGCACCCGGUCCAGCAGCACCCCCAGCAUCCCCCAGUCCCUGGCCGAGAACGGGCUGGAGCCCUUCGACGGGACGGCCGUCAUCUGGGUGGACAGCGUGGCCCUGAACCUGCGGCCCGGCCCCUUCCGCGACGGGGCGGCCGACGCCGACGGGACGCUGAUGCUAGCCCUGGGCCCCGGCGAGGGGGGCGACGGGGGCCCCGAGGGGGCGGGGGGGUUUCCGGAGGACGCCCCCUACCUCCAGAGGAUGAGCGACGGGCCGCCGCGGAACGGGUCCGGAAGCUUCCAGAAGAAGCGCUCGAAGUCGGCGGACACCUGGGGCGAGGACAGCCUGGAGUUCUCGCUGUCGGACCUGAGCCAGGAGCACCUGACCAGCACCGAGGAGAUCGCCGACACCGCGGACGAGCGCGACUUCGCCGACGACGACGGCGACGCCCACGCCGCCACGCCCGACUCCGGCGGCCCCACGCUGGCCCCCGCCGACCGGGCCGGCUCCCUGGACCGGCUGUGCGCCCAGAAGAGCCCCGCCCACAAGCAGCCGCGGAACCGCUACGCCAAGUACGGCGGCCGGGAGGGGGGCCGGGUCGCCGGGGGCGACCGCGACGGCGCGAUGUCCCCGACGGAGGACGACGGGAACGGCUACGGGGCCUACACCCUGCCCUGCCGCCGCUCGCACUGCCUGUCCGAGGGUCUUCCCAGCCAGCAGGUGGCGCCGUGUGCUGGAAUGCAGGGCCGCAGGGCACAGACCACUCAUGACGUGACGGAGGACAGCGAGUACGGCGACAGCGGGAUCGACGGCGUGGGGGCGGAGCCGUCGCGGCAGUCGCGGCGCUGCAAGGCCAUGUCGGCGUCCUUCUCCGUGUACUCAGCGGCGGGCAGCAGCCUGUUCGCCGGCAGCGACAGCGGCAGCAGCAGCGGCGGCGUAGGGGGCGGGGCCUGCGUCUACGAGAACUUCCGCCAGGAGCUGGAGAUGAGCUCCUACGGCGGCAGCGACGGCGGCGGCGGGGGCGGCGGCGGCAGCAGCAGGGCGGGGGAGGGGCUGGAGGAGGCGGGGUCGGCCGGCAGCGACGAGCGGAGCACCGCCACGGCCAGCUCCGCCUGCCGCUCGGACGCCCUGCUGGACCCCGCCCACGGCACCGUGCGCAAGGCCGGCGAGCUCGCCGUCAAGAACUUCCUGGUGCACAAGAAGGGGAAGAAGGUGGAGCCCGCCGCCCGCCGGAAGUGGAAGCGCUACUGGGUCUCCCUGAAAGGGUGCACCCUGUUCUUCUACGAGACGGACGGGCGCUCGGGGAUCGAUCAGAACAGCGUCCCCAAACACGCGGUGUGGGCGGAGAACAGCAUGGUGCAGGCCGUCCCCGAGCACCCCAAAAAGGACUUCGUGUUCUGCCUCAGCAACUCCCUGGGGGACGCCUUCCUCUUCCAGACGUCCAGCCAGACGGAGCUGGAGAACUGGAUCACGGCGCUCCACUCGGCCUGCGCGGCGGCCGUCGCCCGGCAACAUCACCGCGACGACACGGUGCGCCUGCUGCGCUCGGAGGUCAAGCGGCUGGAGAAGAGGAUGGACAUGGACGAGAAGAUGAAGAAGAUGGGCGAGAUGCAGCUGUCCGCCGUCACCGACGCCAAGAAGAGGAAGACCAUCCUGGAGCAGAUCUUCCUGUGGGAGCAGAACCUGGAGCAGUUCCACAUGGACUGGUUCCGCUUCCGCUGUUACCUGGCCAGCCUGCAGGGCGGCGAGCUGCCCAACCCCAAACGCCUCCUGGCCUUCGCCUCCCGCCCCACCAAGCUGGCCAUGGGCCGGCUGGGCAUCUUCUCCGUCUCCUCCUUCCACGCGCUGGUGGCGGCGCGGACGGAGAGCGGGGUGAGGCGGCGGACGCAGGCCAUGUCCCGCUCCUCCAGCAAGCGCAAGAGCCGCUUCUCCUCCCUGUGGGGGCUGGACACCGCCUCCAAAAAGAAGACCAAGGGCCGGCCCAGCAUCAACCAGGUGUUUGCUGACGGUGAGGAUCCGGUGCGGAAGGUUCUGGAUGGCACGCUGGAGGUCAGCCCCAACGCCAGCCUGACGGAGGAGGGCGGGUCGGUGAAAAGCAUCCCCCACCACAACGCAGACAGCGACAUCUGGGUUCCCGACUACCUCACUCCUUCCUGGGUGUGUCUGCCCGACGACAAGCCGGUGCUGUCCAUCAUCCAGCCCGGUGAGACCGCCCUCGACGUCCUGGAGGGCAUCUGCAAGGCUUACAACCUGGAUCCCAGGAAGCACUACCUGUGCCUGAAAUUUCGGACGGAAAACCAAGUGCAGCAUUACAUCCCCAAGCUGGAGGAGGAGGUGUGCGACCUGCUGUACAAGGAGAUCGAAGUUUGCGCCAAAGCCACCAAACUCAUCCACUUUGACCGCGACGAGUCCUGUACCAUUGGCUACGGUUUCUCUGUCGCCGUGGUGGAGGAGGACGGGGUGCAGCAGCUACACGUGUCUGAUGUGAAGAGCGGGGGGGUGGCCUGCGCCAAAGGUCUGAAGGCGGGAGACGAGAUCCUGCAGCUGAACGGGAAGGCCGCCAGCGUUCUGAACGUGUCGGACAUGCGGGCAGCGUUCUCCCAGGAUUCCCUGUGCCUGGGCGUCAGCACGGUGCCCGAGGUGGACCCUCAGCGGCUCUGCCAGCUGCCCCCGCGUCGGUCCGAUGGGGCGGAAGACCUCUGCACCGACAUCUUCUCCCAAAACCAGGAGGACAUACUGGACGACGGGACGCCCCUCAGACUGCCGAGCCCGGGGGACAGCCCGGACGACGAGGCCGAGCCCGGCGACGACGCCACGGACGGGGCAAAGAUCUUGGAGCAGGUUUCGGGGUUCAGUCGGGGCCUGCAGGAGAUGAGCCCCUCGGACAGCUCAUCCCCCGUCAGCCCGGACUCCCCCGGACCCCCCCUGGCCACCACCCCCCGCCAGCUCUCCGAUGCCGACAAGCUGCGCAAGGUCAUCAGCGAGCUGGUGGAGACGGAGCGCACCUACGUCAAAGACCUGAACUGCCUCAUCGCCAGGUACCUGACCCCCCUGCAGAAGGAGAGCUUCCUCACUCAGGACGAGCUGGACGUGCUGUUCGGGAACUUGGCCGAGAUGGUGGAAUUCCAGGUGGAGUUUCUCAAGACUCUGGAAGACGGGACGCGGCUGGUCCCGGAUCUGGAGACGCUGGAGAGGGUGGACCAGUUUAAGAAAGUCCUGUUCUCUCUGGGCGGCUCUUUCCUGUACUACGCAGACCGCUUCAAGAUCUACAGUGCCUUCUGUGCCAGUCACACGAAAGUCCCCAAAGUCCUCGUAAAAGCUAAGACGGACCCCGACUUCAAGGCCUUUCUGGAUGUGCGGAACCCCCGUCGGCAGCAUUCCUAUGCGCUGGAGUCCUACCUGAUCAAGCCCAUCCAGAGAGUGCUGAAGUACCCCUUACUGCUGAGGGAGCUGCACUCCCUCACCAACCCCGACAGCGAGGAGCACUACCACCUCAACGUCGCCAUGAAUGCCAUGAACAAGGUGGCGAGCCACAUCAACGAGAUGCAGAAGAUCCACGAGGAGUACGGCGGCGUCUUCGACCAGCUCAUCGCCGAGCAGACGGGCGACAAGAAAGAGGUAGCCGACCUGUCGAUGGGAGACCUGCUCCUGCACACCAGCGUGGCCUGGAUCAACCCCCCCUCCUCGCUGGCCAAGGGGAAGAGGGACCCCGAGCUGGCCACUUUCGUCUUCAAAACUGCUGUCGUGUUUGUGUACAAAGACUGCUCCAAGCACAAGAAGAAAAUAGGCGGAUCGCACCGGGCGUCAGUGGUCGAGGAGAGGGACCCCUUCCGGUUCCGCCACAUGAUCCCCACCAACGCCCUGCAAGUCCGCGCUCUAGGAAGUACGGAUUCGGAAGGCACAGCCAUGUGCGAGCUCGUUCACGUCCGGUCCGAGUCGGAGGGGCGGCCCGAGAGGACGUUCCACCUGUGCUGCAGUUCCCCGGAGAGUAAGAAGGACUUCCUGCGGGCCGUGCACUCCAUCCUGAGAGACAAACAGCGCAGGCAGCUCCUCAAGACCGAGAGUCUGCCCCCGAACCAGCAGUAUGUCCCCUUCGGGGGCAAGAGGCUCUGCGCCCUGAAGGGAGCCAGGCCCAACAUGAACAGAGCAGCCACCACCCCGCCCUCUCGGACCCUGGGCCGGAAAACACUGGUCCGUAACCGCUUCACCAUCGACACCGACAUCGUCUUCCACGGCAGCCCCGCCAGGGACACGCCCCCGCGGCUGGCCACGCCCCCGCCCCGGUCCCCGCCCCCUCCCCGGCAGCACGCCGCCGCGCCCGGCGGGGACACGGACCGCUGGGUGGAGGAGCAGUUCGACCUGGGUCGCUACGACGACCAGGACGACGUCAAGGAGACGGACAUCCUCAGCGACGACGACGAGUACUGCGAGUCCCUGCGGGGCCCCUCGGCCGAGCCCGGGCUGGAGGCCCCCGUGGGGGCCCUGUCCCUGGAGGCGGGGCGGGAGGACGAAGGGGGCGGGGCCCAGGGACACGGCCAUGGCCACGCCCUCAAGCUGUCCCACCUGCGGAAGCAGUGCGCCGUGGAAGGGGCGGUGGUGGCGGACGGGGAGGUCGUUUGGGUGCGGCGGGACGAUUUUGUGGUCUCCCGUGGCGAAGACGUCUUCUGAAAC